UUACGUGAAUUAUUUCAUGAUGUAUUUGACACCACCAUGGUUCCUAAACAUAAACAACCACAACGAUGUACAUCUUUUAUGUUAACUGAACCACCACCUGAAGAUUUUCCAGAGUGGGCAAUAGUUAAUGAGGAAGAAGAAAAACAAGAGGAAGAACGAGAGGAACAAGAGGAAGAACGAGAGGAACGAGAGGAGGAAUGA